AUGAGAAUAGAUUUUGAAUACACUUGCGGCUGGAACCGGGUCUUGAUGGAUUUCGCCGGUUUUUGGCCAAAGCCUCGAUCAAGUUUUAUCGGCAAGAACUGGCCGUUGAUCCACGCCGUGAUAGUGUUGAUAGUUAUAAUUAUCCCACGAUUUGCGGCAAUGUUCUUGUUCUGGAAUGAAGUUGAUGCAGUUGUUCAGUCUUUUGCGACGCAAUUAAUCUUCAUAGUUGUAUUUUUUAAACUAAUAGUUCUACAAUUUGGUAAUAAAGUUCUAGUGGACUUAUUGGUGACGAUGGAAGAUGACUUAUCAACAGAACUGACCGAAGAGCAGUACACUCCAGUAUUCAAAGCAGCCAAAAUAGCCAGAACAAUUUCCAUGUUCCUAGGAAUUGCCACCAUUAGCAUUCUCAGCACCGGCAUUGUCUCCCUGAAAUUGUAUCAUUUGGACAGCUUCUACAUAAAGAAUCCGGAUCCUCGAUUGUCGACGAAUUUUUUUUUCGUCGCAUAUCUACCCUUCAACACAACAUCGAUAAUCACCUACAUGAUGAUACUUUCGAUUCAAUUUUAUAUUUCUGUGAUAUCCACUGGCAUUCAUCUCAUACUUGACAGUUUCAUUAUGAUGCUUGUGCUUCAUAUUUGCGGACAGCUUCAAGUCGUCCAAGAAUCCCUCACGCAAUUGGUGAAGGGUAUAUUAGGAUUUGAGAAACUGAGUUUUCAGGUGGCUUUUAGAGCGGUUUUGAUGAAGCAUCAAGCGGUUUGUCGGUUCACCAAGAAUUUGGAUGCAUUAUUCAAUUUCAUUUGGUUUCUUGAGCUGUUCAGUUGCACUUUGACAUUGUGUUUCCAGGGUUAUACUGUUCAAAAGCUUCUCCACAGCGAUCAGUCCACUAUAUUUCAAAUGGGCUUUCCACUGUGCUCAACUCUCGGUCUGGUGUCGCAAUUUUUUCUCAACUGUUGGGCGGGUGAAUAUCUCAUGUCAGAGAGUGCAGAAAUUGGCUUCGCGUACUACAGGAGUGAAUGGUAUACACUGGUCUCUUCUGACGCUCGUUCACUCAUGAUGAUUGGCCAUCAGGGAUUACGACCCUUGACAUUGACAACAUGCAAGUUUUCAAUAUUGUCUCUCAGACUUUUUCUGCAGGUAAUGAAGGCGUCGUUCAGCUAUCUCUCCAUGCUAUUGGUCCUGACACACUCCUAA